AUGGCCGCUGCCAUCGCCACCCUGUUCGUGGAUGACUCUCCAUCCUUGCCCUUAUUCCCUCGCUCACCCACUCCCCCUCUUCGGCGGUGGUUGCCGGAGGCGAUGUCGGGUUUUGAAAACCCCAGAAAACCUAUUGCGAUUCGUUCAGUCUGGUCCAGCAAUCUGGAAUUUGAGUUCGCGCUCAUUCGCCGUCUCAUUGAUCGGUUCCCUUAUGUUUCGAUGGAUACCGAGUUCCCUGGCGUCAUCUUCCGCCACCAGCAUCAGUACUCUGAUCCCAUGGACCAUUACCAGACACUUAAGUCGAAUGUUGACGUGCUCAAGCUCAUCCAGGGCAUCAACUUUGAGGCCACGCAUAAGUUAGGCGCAUGCGCCACUCGCUUUGCAGAGCUCAUGAUGUCCUCUGGCCUCGUUUGCAACGAGAAUGUCACUUACAUAACCUUUCAUAGUGGGUAUGACUUUGGAUAUCUCAUCAAGGCUCUCACUGGGCAGGCCCUUCCGGGGACACUGGCAGAGUUUCUUAAUAUGCUUAGGGUCUAUUUUGGUUCCAAGGUCUAUGAUGUGAAGCAUUUAAUCAAAUUUUGUCAGGGGCUUCACGGGGGAUUGGACAGGGUGUCACGGUCACUUGGUGUGGUUCGUGCUGUUGGGAAGUGUCACCAGGCUGGGUCUGAUAGCCUACUGACGUGGCAUGUGUUUGAAAAGGUCAGGGAAGCCUACUUCAGCAAUGACGGGAAGGACGGGCUGCCAACAAAGUUUGCUGGAGUCCUGUAUGGGUUAGAGAUCCUUGAUCCUUAA